CUUGAGUGCAACUCCCCUGUUAACGUUAAAGAGCUGUUAACACCAAGAUUUGGAAGAUUUUAUGUAAAUACAAUUUAAGGAAUGCAAUCGGCUUUAUACUAAAUCUGCCAUCCAAUUAUCUGAGUUUAAUGGGCGAGACAGUGCGCACUUUUAUUAUGAAAAGUUUGAAGCACGCAGAUAACGUAGAUAUAUCACGUGAUUGUUUCAUAAAUAUUUUUUAAAAAUGGCGCUUCCCUAUAUCAGUCGUGUGAUUCUUAGACACUCAAGUAAAAUAAAACAACUUUUUCCGGCUAGCAGACACAGUUUGUCAAUUGAUAGUCUAAUUCGUGCAAGGGUACAAUCGAUGCAAUAUCAGCAUUCUGUAACAUCUAAAUUAAGUGAGCCGUACAGCUCUGUAUUGGGAAGGUCAAUGCAUGGCAGUGAACAAAAUGGUACUAGGAAUCGUGCACAUUGCUGGACCUAUGGAAUCUGGAGUGUAAUGGCAUUUUCGUUCUUCGGUCAAACUGAGGAGGAUACUAGAGAUGAAGCCCAGAAGAAAGAGGAUGAGAUCAUCUUACUUUUGAAGAAAGCUAAACUCAGUAUGAAGAGGGGUCAACUUCAUGUAGCCUCUGGGUUCCUUCAUCAGGCAAUAGCAUUGGCUCAUAAGAUCCACAACACACAAGCCAUUAUCUAUACCUACAGCCUGAUGGCAAACCUGGCCUAUGUCCAAGGUCAACUGGACAACGCAGAAAAACUCUUCAAAGCAGCCAUGAGUUUCAUGCUAUCUGGAGGAACACCACAGGAUGACAAUGCAGUCGUUGAGAUGUCUUUGAAGCUUGCUACCAUAUAUGCUGGCCAAAAUAAGAAGGAGUUGGCAGAGCAUGGGUUUCAGUUCUGCACUGAAUCUCUUGAAGCCAAGCUGGAGAAGAAGGAAACCUCCACAGAGGAGCAAUCAGAAGAACAAGCAGAGGAGGCAAAGAAGCACCGCAAGGAGACACGUCUGUUGCUGGGCCUUUGCCUUGACUCCAGAGCUCGGUACAUGGCUGUCACGCAGCGCCCGAGCCAGGCCACCAGAGACUACCAGAGCGCCCUAAAGAUCUGCCAGGAGGAGCAGGGGGACACCCAUCCGCAAUCCAUUGUGCUUCUGAGCGACCUGGCCACAAUUCUAGAUCAACAGGGGCGGUACGAUGAGGCCCUUCCUCUGGUGAAAAAGGCAGUGGAUCUGAGCAGGGCUGCCGGCCAUCCGGACCAGCACGUUUUGAUGGGAAACAUGGCCGGCAUCCUGCUCCACCAAGGUCAUUUGGAUGAGUCAGUCCAUCUCUAUAAAGAGGCUCUGACUUUGGCCAUGUCCGUGGGAGAUGAAGAGGCUGUGGAGCAGAUUCUGGCAGGACUGAAAGAGGUAGACAAAAAGAGGAAUGAACCUAAGGAAGCCCAAGAGUGAAGGAGACAAAAGACUGGGACCUCAAAUUAAGCUCAACCCUCAAGCCAUUUUGUUGUUUUGCUGAUUCGAUUCAGUCAAAUUAAACAGAGCAAGAAAAAUGGUUGGCGGCUCUCCCAUAAGAAAAUGUAAUAUCUAUGCUGUAUGUCAAAUUAAAUGGAGAGGCAUGGGAAGGGA